GGCAGUAAACACACGCCGGAGAAGUAAAUCUGCAGAGAAACUCUGGAAAAAAAGUCUUUACAAUCAUGUCCACGGAGUAUUUUCGAGACAUUUCAAAGAUCCCAUACUCUCCCAGUGCUGGUCCCAGGGAUGUGCUGUGCUUCAAGCACUACAAUGCAUCGGAGGUGCUUCAUGGGAGGACGAUGGAGGAAUGGCUGAGGUUUUCUGUGUGCUACUGGCAUUCCUUCUGUGGAACCGGUGCCGACCCGUUUGGAUUUCCCACGCUGCAGCGGCCGUGGAAUGAGGGAGGCAGUCCCAUGGACAUAGCUAAGAAGAGGCUCCAUGCUGCCUUUGAGUUCUUCACCAAGCUUGGUGUGAAGUAUUACACCUUUCAUGACAGAGACAUGGCUCCGGAUGGGGCCACUCUGGAGGAGUCCAACCGCCACCUGGACGAGAUGACAGACCUGGCCCUGGAGCUGCAGAAGCAGACGGGGGUCAAAGUGCUGUGGGUCACCUGCAACCUGUUCGCCAACCCCAGGUAUAUGAAUGGUGCCUCUACCAAUCCGGAUUGCCAUGUUUUGGCCUACGCUGCGGCCCAGGUGAAGAAAGGACUGGAUGUGGCCAAGAAACUGGGCGCUGAAAAUUUCGUGUUUUGGGGAGGAAGAGAAGGCUUCCAUUCCAUAUACAACACAGAUGUGGCUGCAGAGUUGAAACAUAUGGCAAACUUUUUCAAAAUGGCUGUUGCAUACAAAGAAAAGAUUGGACUCAAAUGCCAGUUUCUUAUUGAACCGAAGCCAAAGGAACCAUGCAAGCACCAGUAUGAUUACGAUGCUAUGAGUGUGAUCGGUUUCCUGAAACAGUACGGACUGGAUCAACAUUUCAAGCUCAACAUCGAGCCCAACCACACCACUCUGGCCGGCCAUUCCUAUGAGCACGACGUUGUCAUGGCCUCUGUGUUUGGCAUGCUGGGCUCCGUGGACUCCAACACUGGAUCUCCUGAUCUGGGCUGGGACACGGACCAGUUCCCCAUGGACAUCAGGAACACCACCAUCGUCAUGAAGACUGUGAUUGAGAUGGGUGGGCUGCAGCCGGGGGGCUUGAACUUCGAUGCCAAGGUUCGGCGGGAGUCCACAGACCCGGAGGACCUGUUCAUAGCCCACAUUGGAGCCAUGGACGCGUUCGCCAGGGGACUGAGGAACGCCGUCAGGAUCAUCGAGGAAGGAGUCAUCUCGGGCAUGCUGAAGGAGCGCUACCUGAGUUUCACUGAGGGGAUUGGACAGAAGGUGGACGAGGGUAGAGCCACUCUAGAGGAACUGGAGGAAUUCAUCAAACAAAACGGGGAACCGAAAGUCACAUCUGGAAAGCAGGAGAAAUAUGAGUCUAUUUUCAACCAUUAUCUGUGAUUUAAUCAGCACUUGCCGUUGUCCAAUCAGGAUCCCGUUCAUAUGACUGUAACAUGUGACAGUGACAGUGUAGGCUAUUUGUGCGUUUCAUUUCUUGGGUUAUUUGCCAUUUAUUGUUGUAUGUCUAGCUUGUUGUCUAACAUGUUAUGCAUAUGCCUAGCUUGUUGUCUAACAUAUUGCCAAAUCAGCCUGCACUAUACCCUACUUACUCACUAUGUCAAAAAACAUAUUUCAUUUUUAAAAAAACAUAACAUGGAUCAAAAGUUCUAAAACUCUUUUUAAUCUCCAUUGAUGCAUAUUGAUUUAAUUUCCACGGAUGCAUUGUUUUCACACUAACUUUGACACAAAAGAUUAAACAACACACGCACACACACACACACACACACACACACACACACACAAGCCUCCACCCAAGGGUGAAUAAGUUCUUAAAUAAAACAAACACGCCAUUA